AUGGGGGGGGGGUUACUGAAAUUAGGUCCACGAUUUAUCUUCAAUGAUCCGAGAACAGCAGCUCGACGACGAACAAUUGAGUUGGCCACUUUGAAACGAAAACUUGAACAAAAAUUUUAUGAAAAGAAAGUAUGCCCCGGUCGUCCCGAUAAUCAAUCUAUUGCUGACUUAGACCUAUUAUUACAAAAAUUACACGAUGUUCCUAUGUCUCCUCGUCGUUCCUUAAAUAAUUCCAAUGAUCAACAAUUUAUCCUCGAAAUUUCCAGUCAAUUAAUUAUUCCAGGUCAAUCCUCCAAAAUAUAUACAAAGAAGAAAAAUUAUGGUCGAUUAGUGAAACGAUUGAAACAUAAAUUCCGAUUGAACAAUAUUAUAUUACAAAAGACGGAUAAAUCCAAGGUGUUCCAUUUGGGCAAAUUAGAAGAUUGUCAAAAGAAGUCCGAAAAAUAUAUGGCAAAAACAAAAGCUUAUCGAUGUCUUGGCGUCGAUGAUCCACUACCAGAUUUUAAUCAACGAACGAAUAAAUAUUUGUUAGAAUUAAGAUUGGACGUGUGGGGUGGUACCCCGCAAAAAUGCCGUACACUUUCGUCACGUGGGACGGCAAUUAAUGUGACAAAAGUGCUAUCACCCCACUAG